UCUUAUCCUAACAUAUCAAGAUUGUGAGACUGUGGAGGAGGGAGAAAAGCAGAGAAAAAAAAGAGAGCACUUGUGUUGUGAGGUGUGAGAAAAGAAAGAAAGAAAGAUGGAAAACAGGGAGGAAGAUGUGAAGGUAGGAGCAAGCAAGUUCAGAGAGAGGCAGGCAAUAGGGACAGCAGCACAAACAGAGAGAGACUACAAGGAGGCACCAGCAGCACCAUUGUUUGAGGCAGGUGAGCUCAAGUCAUGGUCGUUCUACAGAGCAGGCAUUGCUGAGUUUGUGGCCACUUUCUUGUUCCUCUACAUCACGGUCUUGACUGUAAUGGGUGUCAAGAGGGAGCCCUCCAUGUGCUCCUCUGUUGGAAUCCAGGGUAUUGCUUGGGCCUUUGGUGGCAUGAUCUUCGCCCUUGUCUACUGCACUGCUGGAAUCUCAGGUGGACACAUAAACCCAGCAGUCACCUUUGGACUCUUUUUGGCAAGGAAGUUGUCCCUCACAAGGGCAAUAUUCUACAUAGUCAUGCAGUGUCUUGGAGCUAUAUGUGGUGCUGGUGUAGUGAAGGGAUUUGAGGGUAAUGCUCGCUAUGAGAUGUUAGGAGGAGGAGCCAAUGUGGUCAACCAUGGUUACACCAAGGGUGAUGGCCUUGGAGCUGAGAUUGUUGGCACCUUCGUCCUUGUCUACACCGUUUUCUCUGCUACUGAUGCCAAGAGAAACGCUAGGGACUCUCAUGUCCCUGUUUUGGCCCCUCUUCCCAUUGGCUUUGCUGUGUUCUUGGUCCACUUGGCUACCAUUCCCAUCACAGGAACUGGCAUUAACCCAGCAAGGAGUCUCGGAGCUGCCAUCAUCUUCAACAGGGACAACGCAUGGGAUGACCAUUGGGUUUUCUGGGUUGGACCUUUCAUAGGAGCUGCUCUUGCUGCCAUCUAUCACCAGAUAGUGAUCCGAGCCAUUCCGUUCAAGACAAGGGCUUAACUUCAAAGCGAUUAGACAUGCUCUAUUCUCUUUCUGUAUCAUGUUUCUGCCGUUUGGACCUUCUUACUUAUGAAUUUGUUUCUGUUAAUCCUUUAUCAAUUAUCAUGUAUGUGUGUGUAAAGUAUGACAUUGUUACUUGUUUUUUGGCGACAAUAUGAACCAGUAGUUGUUCUUUUA